AUGAUUAAACAAACUUAUUAUUUUUACGAAAUUCUUAAAGAUACACAAUCAGCUAUUAAUAUGUCUCAAGAUAUAAUCUCGAAGAAGAAAGUAAUUUCUGAUUUGUAUAAUCAACAUAAAGAAGAACAAAUAAAGUAUAAUUCUUACAUUAAAGAGUUUCCUAGUUCUGGAGAUCAACAUAUACAAAUAAUUGAAAGAAUAGGAGAACAACAAAAAGAAUUAAAAAGGAAAGAUGUAGAAAUAGCUCAAUUAAAAAAGGAAAUGGCACAACAACAAAGAGGAGAAGGUGAUUCCUUAAAAGAAGAAAAGUUUGAAAAUAAUAUUAAAGAACAGUUAUCAAAAAUGAUCAUGGAUCUUAAUAAAAAAGAUGAUCUUAUAUUGAAAUUAGAAGGGCAACUUGAAGUAUUUAAAAAUGAGUUAUUAAUUGAUUCACAAUUUGAAAAUAAUGAAUUAAAAAAAAAUAAUAUUCAAGCUAAUAUAAUUAUUUCUACAAAAGAUAAAACUAUAAUUAGCUUGAAAAGUAAUAUUGAUAAAACUGAUAAUAUUUUAUCACAAAAAGUUGCUGAAUAUGAAAAUGCAAUGGAAGGAAAGCAUUGUGAACUUUUGAAAUUGGAAAAUGAAAAUAAGUUAUUAAAUGAAAAAGUAAAAGAUAUGGAACAUAAACUUAUGGAAAUGAAUCUAACAAUUAUAUCUUUAACUGAACAAAAUGAUAAAAUUAAUAUUAUAUAUACAAUGCAAGAGAAUCUAACAAAAUUGGAUAAAAAUGAAAAGAAAUUAAAAAUUGAACUCAAUAACUUAAGAAAUCAACUUAUAAGUGAUCAAAAUAAUAAUAAAAAACUUGAUAUUAGCUUAGAUGCAUUUCUACGUGAAAAUGAAAUCUUGAAAAAAGAUGUGGAAUAUUGGAAAAAUGAAAUCUCUGAAUUAUCGAUUAGACUACGCAACGAAAUGAUAGAAGAAAAUCUAAAAAACAAAUUAUAUGUUCUUUCUAAUAAAAUAUAUGAAAGAUUAUUAAAUCUUAAAAAGUUAUCUAACUUAGAAGAAUCAUCAAAUAUUAAAAAUUUGCAAGAUAAAUAUAUAAUUCAUCAAGAUCGAGAAAUAAAACUAACUAUAGAUAAUACAACUGAAAAUUUCAAACAAAAAUAUAGUGAUCAAAAACGAGAAAUAAAAGAAAAUGAAAUAGAAGAAAUUGAUAUACAAUUAUUAAAUAAUGUAAAUAUAAAAGACGAAAUACUUAAAAAUAAUUAUAAAACGUUUGAAAGAUUUGAUUCUUUGCAAGAUAAUAACAUAAAUACAAAAUAUAAGGAAAAAAAUAUUAUAAAUGAACAUAAUGUAAACCAAAAUAAAAUGGAGAAUAAAGAUUUUGAAAUAAAACAUCCUAAAGAAGUCAUAAAACAUUUAAUGCAAGAAAAUGAUGAUCUUCGUACUAUUCUUAAAUCUCAGAUGGAAGAAUAUCAAGAUAAAUUAAUAUUAAUGAAGAAAAAUUAUGAUAGUAGUUUAAAUGCACUUUGUGAGAGACAUAAAGCAAAUAUUGAAAUUUUACAAAAACAAUUUGAAGAUGAUAUAAAAAAUGAAAAAAUGUUUGACUCAGAAAAUUGGUUAUUAUCAUUGAAUAUGAAAGAAUUAAUGGAAUUGCAUGAACGAAUAAAUGUAAUUAUUAAUAACAACACUAAUAUAAUACACAUGGAAAAUGUAAAUCAAUGUUCGUCUGAUAAUGGUGUUCAAGAGCAAUUUUAUACAAAAUUAAAUGAACCAGAAAAGAAAUUUCAAAUGUUACCGAUGAAUGAAGAAGAAUCAAUGUAUAAUAAAAUGAUGUCAUCAAUUGUAAAGGAGAAAACUUCACAUUUACAAAAUCAAUGGCAAUUUAGAUCUUUCAAUGAUCAAAAGUAUCCAACUUUACAAACACAAGAUUAUAAAUUCAGUUUAGAACAUAAUUUUGGAUAUUUUAAUGGUGAAGAAAAAUCUCUAGAAUUAGAAAAUAAAUAUGAGAAAGAAAAACAAAUGGAAAAAGAUAGCACUUUUGAUAAACAAAGAUGGAGUUUUAUUAAUCAAUGUAGUGUUUACCAUAAAUUGAGCAAUAUACAUGAAUAUAUUAAAACAACAGAUUAAUAUUAUUAAAGUUUUCAAGAUAAAUUUUAUUAAUAUAUUUCAAA